AUGCCCAGCGCGACAACCAUCUCCGAGGCUCUCGACACCCUUCCCUCCUCCGCAACCUUCCCUCCUUCAUCACAUCAUAAACCCACCCGUCGCCUCCUUUUAACGACCAAAAAACCGAAAUUUGAUUCCUCGACGUCGGCCGAGACCCAUCGACCCGAAACUCUAAAAUGGGUACCGUCACAUCCGCAACAUCUGCUUUCUCAUGAUGCUUGGCGGAAAGGGAUUUUGAAUUCAAGAGUGAAGGAGACGAUACUAAUUGCCGGGCGGGAUGCUGGUGUUAAACAGUCGUUGAAGUUUAAAUGUCGACUUCCUCUACCAUUUCUGGAACAGAAUGGACCUCAUGAUGAAGAUAUUAUCGACAAUACUCUUUCAGAAGAAGGAAACGAUGAGGAGGGAUUGUCAGGAGAAGAAGCCACACAGGGACUUGGUCUCACAGCUAGCGACUUGGAAGCAGACGUCGAAAUGGAAGGCGCAGGCAUGACCAUUGAUCUCCUGGAAAACGAUGACCCUUCCCCCUCUUCACCCCCCUCCCCACUUUUCGACUCAACAUCAACGGCCUCACCAGCCGCAAAACGUCGUAGAAUCUCUAGAGAUGAUACUAAAACCCAAGAAAACUACGACUCGCUACCCAAGGACUUCCUGGAGCUUCUAAAAUCAGAGGUCCCAGGCGGAAGAGCUAAUGUUUCUCCUGGCGAAUUCGCAAGGGUAUGGAAGAUGAGUGGAAGGAGGAUGGGCAAUGAGCUGGUACUCGCUCAGAAUGAGUACUUUGAUAAGGCCAGAGUAAAGGAGGCUCGAAAGGAGGGUAAAAGAGGAGGGAAGUAA